CCAAUUCAAGUCCCAGAAUGUAGUGUUGUUACUCUCCUUGACACAGCCAAACCAAGUCCGCUAGAUGGACUAGAACAUGAUCUUGACCACGAAGUAUACCAAAUGCCCAAAAGAAGUCGUCUAAAAUUGUCUAGAGUUGGGUAAAGAUUUUGCUUUCAUGAAAUUUUGUCUCUUGUUAAGAUCAGCUGUCAAGCAUCAAACUCAUCAUUUUCAUACUCACCCUGGAUCGCCAAGUACCAACACACUUCUGAAAGAUUAUGUCAAAACCAAAGCUACCCAGAAAGCUUUACUACUCUUCAGAAAUCUAUGGAGUAAGAAAAACAAAGCUAUUGAUAGUUUCUCCCUCUUGUUUGUGCUGAAGUCAUGCACUAUAAGGUCAUCUGCAGGUACAGCAAUGGGAGAAGGCAAACAGUUUCAUGGACUCAUUGUUAACUUGGGAUUUCAAAAUAUAAUUUUUCUUCAAUCAGCUAUGAUUAAUAUGUACUCAGCAUAUGGGAGUCUUGAUGAUGCACAGCAAAUGUUUGAUGAAAUUGUGGCCAAAAAUGUUGUUUGCUGGACUUCUUUGAUUUCGGCAUACGUGGAUAAUGGGAAACCUAGUAAAGCUCUGAAACUAUUCAGACAGAUGCAGAUGGAGACAGUGGAACCAGAUCAGGUUACUGUCACUGUGGCGCUAUCGGCUUGUGCAGACCUUGGAGCAUUAGAAAUGGGUGAAUGGAUACAUACUUAUGUUCGCCGACAAGGGUUUGAUAUAGAUUUGAGCUUGAAUAAUGCUCUUAUAAAUAUGUAUGCAAAAUGUGGGAAUGUUAAAAUGGCUCGAAGAAUUUUCGACAGGAUUAAAGUGAAGGAUGUCACUACCUGGACGUCGAUGAUUGUUGGUCAUGCAGUACAUGGGCAGGCGGUAGAAGCUCUCGAACUUUUCAGGGAGAUGACUGCAGCUGAUGACAGUAACUCGAAGAAAAGUGUGAUUCGUCCGAAUGACAUCACGUUUGUUGGAGUUCUAAUUGCUUGCAGUCGGGGUGGACUGGUUGAACAAGGUUUAUAUCAUUUUCAGAGCAUGAGAAAUAAGUAUAAACUGAAACCCAGAAUUUCUCACUGCGGCUGCAUUGUUGACCUAUUAUGCCGCGCUGGGUUUGUGCAGAAAGCUUAUGAUUUUGUUAUUGAUAUGCCAAUAAAGCCAAAUGCAGUAAUAUGGCGUACCUUGUUGGGUGCCUGUAGUCUCCAACACAAUACCAAGUUGGCAGAAAAUGCUCGACAUCGGUUGCUUGAGUUGGAACCUGACUAUGCUGGGGAUGAUGUGACAAUAUCCAACACCUACGCUGCUGCAGGGAUGUGGGAUGAGAAGAUGACGGCAAGAGAUCGGGUCAAGCAACGAAGGAUUCCUGGUUGCAGUUCCAUAGAGGUUGACUGCGAAGUGCAUGAGUUUGUUGUACAAGAUAAGAAGCAUCCUAAAUGUAAUGCCAUUUACGAAAUUCUCGAAUGUAUGAUGAAGAGCAUGAAGAAUCAUGGCUAUGGACAUGCCUGAUACUUGUGCGGUGCAAUGUUAAACAACUGCGUAAAAAGAAAUUCCAUUUGAACUAAAAAAAAAAAGAUUGCAUUCUACAGUCA